AGAUUUCUCGCUGUGAGAGAGAGGGGGGGUUAGCGCUCGCUUUAUUGAGAGAGACGGAGAGAGAGAGAGAUAGAGAGAGAGAGAGAAACAACUCUGGACGACUGAAGACUUGCUGCUGCCACAAACACACAACGACAGAAACACCUAAAGAAAAACAGCUAAAUACAACUGUAAAAGUUACAGAUAGAGCCAUGGACGGGAUGGUUACAUUUGGACGCGCUUCUCUCCUGUGCACCUUGCUGCUUUGCUUUUCGUUGCAAGUGUGCUGGGCCAUCGUGACAGUGACAGUGACUCCCAAGGUGGAGGUGAUCAAGGGAGAGUCAGCCAGUCUGCCCUGCACCUUCAUAAUCCCCAACUCCCCGAACAACAUCGUGGAGUGGUUCAUUGAGGAGGGUGGCACCAGGAAGCGUGUUGCGUUCCGCUCCGUGUUGGGCGGAGAGGGGAAGAGUGAUGAGGGGACACGUCUGUCCGACAGAUUGACCAUGGGAAGGGACUUCUCUCUGACCAUCUCCCCCGUGAUGGUGGAGGACCAGCUGCCCUUCUACUGCCAGGUCACUGCUGGCCCUGCCGGGGUUGGAGAGGCCAUCACACAGCUCAAAGUCUUCUUCGCUCCAGAGAUGCCAGAGGUCACUGGAUCCAACCAGGCCAUAUCUGUUGGUGACUCCUCCACACAGGUGGGCCAGUGUGUGAGCCAUAACGGUCACCCCCAGCCCAGGAUCAUCUGGUUCCAGGACUCCAAGCCUCUGCCUGAGGUCAAGGACACCAAAGAGAAGGUGUACAUGGUGCCGUCAGUGGUAAAGGAAGCAUCAGGUCUGUUCACCAUCACCAGCACCCUGAUGAUGCAGCCCCAGAAGGCUGACAAGGACAGCGUGUACCACUGCACCGUGGAGUACAGCAUGCCCAACGACAUGAUCAAACAGAUCGACUCUGACACCUUCUCCCUCACCCUCAACUAUCCCUCUGAGACAGCGACCUUUGUCCUGUCGAACACUGAGCCAAUCAGAGAGGGUGACGAGGUGAAGAUGAUGUGUGAGACAGAUGGAAACCCUCAGCCUGAGUUUGAUUUCUCCAAGGAUGGGAUAAACAUUAAGGAAGGAGUAGCAGGGGGACUUUUGACUCUGAAGUCCGUCAAGCGUUCGGAUGCUGGGGUGUACAAGUGUAUGGCCACCGACUUUGAUAACCUGGAUGCUGAUCUUAAUGGAGAAGUCACCCUCUCUGUCCACUACAUUGACCCAAUGAGUGUGAGGCCUGCUGGUCCAUUGUCGACAAUGACGGGAGACAUGGUGGAGCUGCAGUGUAAGACCAAGGCCUCAGACUCACACACCGUCCAGUGGAAGAAGGGCUCCACGGUGCUGUCCCAGACUGGUGUCUUGUCUCUGAAGUCGGUGACAUUCGCUGAAGCUGGCGAGUACUCCUGUGUGGGUGCAGUGCCCUCUGUGCUUGGGCUCACCGCCAAGGCCAGCGUCAAUCUCACUGUCUCAGGUAAACCUGAGAUUGACGCAGCUGUUGAUGGAAUGGUGGAGAAGGAGGGAGACAUGGUGACUCUGUCCUGCUCUGCUCACGGACACCCUGCCCCACAGUUCACCUGGACACCCUCAGGAAAGGAAUCAGUGUCGGUGAAGGGUAACAAGGUGGUCAGUAUGGUCAUGCUGGAGGCCAGUGCUGCGGUCCUGAUGGACGGGGUCACCUGCGAGGCCAGUAACGACCACGGCGCAGCCUCGCAGGCCUUCAAAGUCACCACCAAACAAGCCGUCGAUCCCAACGCAGCCAAUGAUACAGGCAGAGGGAACCAUGUGCUUAAAACAGCUGAUAAGCAGCAGGGUGGCUCCAGUGGCGUGGUGAUAGCCGUGGUGGUGUGUGUCCUAAUGCUGCUGCUGCUGGUGGCACUCCUAUACUUCCUCAACAAGAAGGGCAAGCUGCCCUGCAGCAAGAAGGACAAUAAGGAAGUGGAAAGUGGGAAUGUGAAUAAUGACAUUGUGGUGGAGAUGAAGACAGAAAAGGCCAAUGAAGAAGCUGUCCUCCUGAACAAGCCAGCAGCACAGCAGUGAGGAACAGAGGAGAAUAUGACACAAGAAGACAGAAAGAGAGGGAUGAAGGGAUGGAUGAAAAACGACAGCAGGGCUUGUUUUAUUUUUGAUAGAGGGAGCAAUCGGACUGAGGGAAAAAUACAGUGGAAUGGGAUGGUGUUUUUGUAGGGAUGGGGGUAACCAUGGGGGGGGUAUUUAAACAUGAGACCUAAUACAUCACUGAACAUCAACUGACUUCAUCAUGACAUUAUCAGAGCAUAAUCCCUGUCCACCAAUCACAACUCUUGGUUGACUCCCAUGCAGAAUAGAGCUGUACAGUAAACAUGUGUCCAAUGUGACUCUAGCCAACUCCAGUAACCCUUCUCUACCCCAAUCCAAACACAAAAUGCCAUUAAGUCACUGUUUGUUGUAGGAGUGUUUGUGCGUUCGUGUGUGUGUGUUUGUGAGUGUGUGUUUGUGUGUGUGUGUUUGUGAGUGUGUGUUUGUGUGUGUGUGUUUGUGAGUGUGUGUUUGUGUGUGUGUGUUUGAGUGUGUGUUUGUGAGUGUGUGUUUGUGUGUGUGUGUUUGAGUGUGUGUUUGUGAGUGUGUGUUUGUUUGUGAGUGUGUGUUUGUGUGUGUGUGUUUGUGAGUGUGUGUUUGUGUGUGUGUGUUUGUGAGUGUGUGUUUGUGAGUGUGUGUUUGUGUGUGUGUGUGUUUGAGUGUGUGUUUGUGAGUGUGUGUUUGUGAGUGUGUGCUGUUAUGCUUUGUGUAUCUGAGCUGUGGGUUGUUCUUCGUUCAGUCAGUGUAGAACUGGAUGUGUCUGUUCUGUGUGGAGUCUGCAUCUAGCCCAUUCUGGUGGACAUGGGGAAAACACAAACUGUCAUCCUACUCUAUUCAUCCCUAAACUGAUUAUUGUGUCACUCUGAUUUCUAUCCCGUAACAUAGAGAUCGUGCCUACAGUUACAUAAAACUUAAGGACCAUAUUCUAUGCCCAAUACGAAGACCAGCAGCAUAUUAGGCACAAUACUUCAGAUGUACUUUGUAACAAAAAAUUUCGGUCGACCAGUCAUUCCAACCUAAAUCCACUCCGGCCUUCUGAUAAUAGCCUAUAGUACUGUAUAUAAUUCUAGACUGUUCUAAGCUGGGGAACAUACCCCCUAUCUCCCUGUUUGCUUUGGUCCUGGCCAGAGUCCUCUCUUUACAGGAUGACAUGAAAUAGAAGAUUCUAGUCCCUGUGUAUCAAUUCAUUGUUUAGUUUUUCAUUUCAAAUUAUUAUUAUGUCUAUUCAUGUAUUCAAAUUCCUUUCAGCUGUUACCUUAGCAACAGCCAAGACAAUUUCUAACUUCCUGAUCCCUUCCUGUGUAAAUGUUUUAUUUUUCUCAAACCAAAAAGCAACAAAAACGACAAACUAUUGGGUGUAGAAAUUAGUUUCAAAAUGUUGACGAAAUGUAUAUUAUGUAUCAGGUCAUUUGUUUUCUUCUUUUUGUUGCUCUGUCUCUGCAAACGGAAUACUGUAUAACUUGUCAAUCAAAUGGAGGCUUACUGUAUACGUGAGGUGAAUCUGAAUGAAUCUGUGUGUUUACUGUGUCGUUAGAGUCCUGACCCUGCUACAGCGCUCGCCGUAUUUCAUAGCCUACUGUCCUUCUCUGAGCAAAGCCAUUUUCAGAAACACAACACUCCCUGUUACGCUCAGCUCACCCAAUUAUCAUCCCCUAGCUCUAGAAAAUUGGAGUAAUCUGGCAAAAUGGGGAACGUUUUUGUCCUCAGUUGACAAUCUGAAAUCUCUGCCAGCUGCAUUAACAUUUCCUUCAGUACAGAUUGGCUUUGCAGGCCGGAGGGGUUAGCAACACAGUGAACACAGAUUCACCUGCGAACGUCACAGACACAGGUUAGUUACAGCUUGAUGAGGGAGAGAGGGAGGGAAAACAGGGGAGGUGGGAGCGGGUAGAGUCUGGGGGUGAGGUGGGAGGGGAGAGGGGGUACAGUGUGGGGGUGAGGUGGGAGGCGAGAGGGUGUACGUGAUGUUAAUUUUUUUUACCAAAAUAAGUUGAGUUAUUGAGUGUCCUAGUGGGGGUGUUCCAAUGCUUUGGUACGCAUAUGGUUUAUGUCUCUCCUUGCCUCACACGCUUUUUGAUACUACCCAUAUUGGCAGCACAAAGAUAUAUGAGAGCUGGUUGCAGUGUCCUCUAUCAUGGGUAUACACUGGAAAAAAAAUUGCCUUCUGAACAGGUCACUAUAACCACUAUUGCUUUUUCUGGGAAUCAUUUGGUUUUUCCAAUGGUGUUUAUAUGUCUAGUGAUUUAAGAGAUCUAUCUUUCCAUAACUUAAUGACUGUUCUGACUCCUGUGAGGUUAGGGGGAGACCAACAGGUGCAUACCUUCAACUUUGGAACGCUUGGUUUUAUUUGUAACAAAAAAAAAACAUAGAAAGUGAUAUUAAAAACAUAGAAAGUGAUAUUAAAAACAUAGAAAGUGAUAUUAAAAAAAUAAGUUUUCUUUUCUUUAAAAAAAGGGUGAUUCUUGUACUUCAGAACUACUGAGUUGUGACUUGUGAUGUUUUAUGGUUUGUCCACUUAAUCUAAGAGAAGAGAGAAAGGUUUGAAUUAGGAUUCUUGUCUUGUUAUACAUAUGAAACAAUGUGAGUUUUUUUUAUCUUCCUGGUAUACUGUAUAUUUGGUGGUACGCUGUUAUGUUGUGAGCUCUGUACUGUGUUCUUGUGUCUUCUUAUUGAACUGUGUAGAAUUUAUAACAAAUGAAAACCCACGAAAAAACAACCACACUCCCACAA